AUGCCAAUCGUGCCAGUAAAAAUCCAAGCCAAGGAUAAGGUUGUCGUAACCCAUGCAUUCCUCGACAGUGGGUCUACCGCUUCGUUCUGCACCACGAGCUUACUCGAUCGUCUAAACAUGCGAGGGGAAUCUACGAAAUUCAACCUCACGACGAUGAGCAAUACCAGCGAAAGGGAAUGUCAGUGCGUCUCGAUGAGUGUCAGUAGCCUUGAUGACCAACAUUUCCUUGGACUGACAAACGUCCUUGCCGUUGAAACGCUCCCUGUGUCGGCGAAUGAUAUUCCAGACCAGCGGGACGUAGACAGAUGGCAGCACCUGCAAGGCGUACAGGUUACUAGUAUCCGUGGCGCAGGCGUCGACUUGCUGAUCGGAAAUGACAACUGCAGCGCCUUGGAGCCACAGGAACUGAAUGAACAGUUCAAGGGCUACUGCAACCGCGAAUUCAACGAUAUAAACAUUGAGGCCGUCGAAAUGUCAGCUAACGAUAAAUCUGCACUUUCACUGAUGAAAGACUCUACAAAAAUGGACGGUACUCAUUAUGAAGUCGGGUUGCCAUGGAAACCUGAUGCACCGCAGCUGCCGAACAACCGGGUUCUCGCAGCAAAUAGACUCAAUCUUCUCGGUAGAAGAUUGUCCAGCAACAGCGACUUACAUACGAAAUACAAAUGCUACAUCGAUAACUUAGUAGAGCGAUCGUUCGCUGGCCCCGUAACUUCGACUCAGAUGACUGGGAAGCCAGGGUUGACCUGGUAUCUACCGCAUCACCCAGUGUUUCAUCCGCAGAAACUUGACAAAUUGAGAGUAGUCUUCGACUGCUCGUCGAAAUACCGUGGUGUAUCGCUUAACGAGGCUUUGUACCAGGGCCCAGACUUCACAAACUCGCUAACUGGCGUACUUACCCGCUUCCGGGAAGGCCCCAUCGCCUUCCAGGCUGAUAUUGAAAGCAUGUUCCACCAGGUCCACGUGCCGAUGGACGACCGCGAUGCCAUGCGAUUCCUCUGGUGGCCUGGUGGCGACAUAUCUAAGCAGCCGAUUGACUACCGCAUGAAUGUACACAUAUUCGGCGCUAUCUCCUCACCCAGUGUCUGUAACUACGUAUUGCGCCGAACCGCGACAGAUAAUGAGGGAAAAUUCCGUCAAGAAGCCAUCGACACCGUGAGAAAGAACUUCUACGUCGAUGACUGCCUAAAGUCCGUGCUUACCGAAGUCGAUGCCAUUCUACUGAUAGAGGAUGUACACGAGCUCUUGUCGAAAGGCGGAUUUCGUUUGACAAAGUUUGCGUCAAACUCACGUGAUGUUCUUGCUUCAAUCCCCGCCGAUGAACGAGCAGUCAGCUUACGAGAGCUUGUCGCCAAGGACUUGCCCAGUGAACGUGCCCUUGGUUGCUGGUGGGACAUGGAGCAAGACGUGUUCAGAUACAAGACUAAUGUAAAGCAGAAGCCGUUAACGCGCCGUGGCAUACUGUCCGUCGUAAGCUCGAUUUACGAUCCCCUGGGGCUCGUCGCUCCAUACCUGUUACCAGCGAAAUUCGUCAGCCAGGACCUAUGCAGACUCGGCCUGGGUUGGGACGACGAUAUUCCGGACGCGUAUGCGGUUCGCUGGAUCAAGUGGUUGAAGGAUUUGCCACAGUUGGAGUCGAUGUCCAUACCGCGAUGUGUACAGCCGGCAGAUUUCGGCCGUGUUACGUCGAAACAGCUACAUCAUUUCGCCGACGCUUCAGAAAGGGGAUACGGCGCCGUAUCGUACCUACGGCUCGUCAACGAAGACAACGACAUUCAAACCGCCCUAAUGAUGUCGAAGUCUAGACUUGCCCCUUUGAAGACUACAACAAUCCCACGUCUAGAACUGUCUGCAGCAACAGUCGCCGUUCAACUAGACGUGACGCUACGAGAUGAACUUGAACUAACGAUUGAUGGUUCUACCUUCUGGACGGACAGCACAACCGUUCUGAAGUACAUAAACAAUGAAGAAAGUCGUUUCAAAACGUUCGUGGCGAAUAGACUGUCUCUGAUCCACGAGAAGACACAGCCUGACCAGUGGCGGUAUGUUCCCGGAGUUCUUAAUCCUGGUGACGACGCUUCUCGGGGACUAGACAUAUCAACAUUUCCGAACGAUUCGAGGUGGUCAACCGGACCCGAAUUUCUACGAAAGGACGAAAGCCACUGGCCGGCUCAGGAAUCGUUGAAUAAUGUUGGCAAUACGCACUCUAGCGAGAGUGACCCAGAAAUUAAGAAAUCUGCGUUCGCUCAAUCCGUUACGGAAACCGGUCCAGAGUACAAUGCUAUAGUUACUGCAGUCGAAAGAUGUUCAUCAUGGCAGAAGGCCAAGAUGGUCAUCGCACGGGUGAAACGAUUCAUCGCGUGCUUGAAAUCAGCAGUUGAGAAGCGGAAGAACGAUGGCAAUCACACCGUUCCGUCAAAGUCUGAGUACAUUUCAGUCUCCGAAAUGCGAGAAGCCGAAGUUCUCAUCCUGCAAUCUGUGCAGCGUGCACAUUUCCCAAGGGAAAUGAAUUCCUUGGAGAGGAAAACAGUAAAACGAGGUUACGUCCACAAAUCUAGCGUCAUCCGGAAGCUCGAUCCAGUGAUGGAUAAUGGUCUUCUGAAAGUCGGUGGAAGACUGAAGCACUCAAACUUACCUGACAGCGCGAAGAAUCCGAUUAUUCUUCCACAUCGCGGACACCUCACCGAUAUCAUAGUCCGCUCAUCUACAUCCAAUUUCGUCGGCGCCGAGCGUGAACUUCGUGAAGCAAUACUGGCUUGGAACCAGAGUGACAUCGAAGCGUUCCUGCUACAGCGAGAGACAGAGUGGAAGUUCAAUCCACCCUCCGGCUCCCACUUUGGUGGAGUGUGGGAGAGAUGGAUAACAGAGUACUUGCCUUUGCUGCAAGAAAGGCAGAAAUGGCUUGUGCCAACUCGAAACCUGGCUAUCGGCGAUAUUGUACUUGUCGCCGACAACAACGUCCCUAGAUGUUCAUGGCCAUUGGGCAGAGUUCUUGACGUAUUCCCUGGAAAUGACGGCCGCGUGAGGUCUGUCUCAGUCAAGACCAACUCUGUGAACCCGCUUACCAGACCAGUUGAUAAGCUUGUUCUGUUAGAACUCGAUGAUUAG